UGGUGGUCAACAGUCAUUCACACAAGCCUUAAACACUUUGCAAGAAAUGCAUGUAUAAAGUUUUCUAAUACAAAUUGCAGGAAUACUAACAAUGAGGAUAACUUGUAAAAUCUUUGUGAUCCUCAUCCAAACAUUUUAUUGUUUGGCUUCAGAUGACUCACCAUUUCAGCUAACUAACAGGGGCACUGGUUUUUGUUUGAUAAAAACGAAUAACCACUGCAAUGACAUUCGCUGGACAACUGGUGAUCGACUACUGGUUCUGCAGAGAAACAAGUGCCUGGGUGUCCAGGGAAAAAGUGUGGGCAGUGAAGUAAACCUCUACGAUUGCGAUGAAGCCAGUGAACUCCAAAAGUGGGAAUGCAUGAACGAAACAGUGCUCGCUCUCAAAGGCCAGGAGCUUUACAUUGAGCUCACUGCAGAUAACACAGCCAUUCUCUCCAGGACAACAGGACCAAAUAACCAUCUCACAAUUUCUGGAACAUCCAGUGGUGCCUGCACAAGAACUUAUAGAGAGCUUUUUACCAUCGGUGGAAAUGCAGCGGGAAGGCCGUGUAUGUUUCCCUUUCUAUACAAAACUCAGUGGUAUUCAGACUGUACUAAAUUUGACUCCUCGGAAAAGCGUCUUUGGUGUGCAGUUGAAACAAACUAUCAAAGCGAACGCUGGGGGUACUGCCCAACUAUGUCCAAGGAAGACUGGAAUAUGCACCCAACAACGGGAGCGUAUUACCAGCUUAACAUACAGUCAGCUUUGACUUGGCACCAGGCACAAGUCAGCUGCAAACAGCAGGGAGCUUCCCUUCUCAGCAUCGAUGAUCCUCACGAGCAGGCUUAUAUCACAGCACUGCUAUGGAAAGGGGGCAAUACACUUUGGAUUGGACUCAUCCUAGAUCCAGAACAUGGCUGGAAAUGGAUAAAUGGCAGGCCUUACCGUUACAUGAAAUGGGACUCAGGACAUCCACUUCCUAAUCCGGGAUACAACUGUGCAGUUGUUGAUCCUAGUGUACGGUACCUUUGGCAAAGUUUACCUUGUAGCAAUAAACUGGGCUACAUCUGCUACAGUAAAGAGGCUGAAGAAGCUCCUACACGAGCUGGGACAGGUUUUUGUUCAAACCCCUGGAUACACUACAAUGGCCACUGCUUCCACAGGAAUCAGGCUCAGAAAACAUGGUCUGAGGCUCAGGUAGCUUGCCACCAGGAUGGAGGAGACUUAGUGAGCAUCCACAGUGUGGAGGACCAAAGCUUCAUCAUCUCUCAGCUUGGAUAUACAUCCACUGAUCAGCUUUGGAUUGGAAUGAAUGACAGGAAGACAGAGGGGUUAUUUGACUGGUCUGACCACUCGACUGUCGCCUUCACCAGCUGGGAGUUUGGGAAACCAGCUGGGUCUUCUGAAAUAAAAGACUGUGUUCUCAUGCGUGGAGAGAAUGGAAACUGGGCAGAUCGUGUAUGCGAGGAGCAACAUGGCUUUAUUUGUAAGAAGAUGAGUGCCUUAAGACCAUCUGGAGAGGAAGUGGAGCAAAACACAGGCUGCAAAAAUGGGUGGAGGAGACACGGCUCAUACUGCUACUUUAUAGGAAUACAGACUAAAACAUUUGAUGAAGCUAAAGAUGACUGUAAAGGUUCCCUUUCUUACUUAGCUGAUGUUUCAAAUGGGGUGGAUAAUGCAUUUCUUGUAAGCUUGGUGGGGAUGCGACCAGAGAAACACUUUUGGCUGGGGCUUUCAAACCAGAAAAAUACUGAAGAAUUUGUAUGGACCAACACAGACUCAGUGAGAUUCACACACUGGAAUGCUGAAAUGCCAGGGAACAGACGGGGUUGUGUUGCGAUGAAAACUGGGAUUUUUGCUGGCCUCUGGGAUGUGGUGCCCUGCACAAAUAAGGAGAAAUACAUCUGUAAGCACCUAGCCGAGGGGGCAGUUUUAACCCCUCCACCACCCACUCUUUUCCCUCCUGAGUGUGCAUCUGGCUGGACUCGCCUGGGGUUUAGUAACCAGUGUUUUAAGUUGUUUGAUAGGUAUUCUACACAAAAGAAGACCUGGUUUGAAGCCAAAGAUUACUGCAGGGCUAUCGGAGGAGACCUGCUCAGCAUCCACAGUUCUGUUGAGCUUCAGUCCGUACAACCUAGAUUACAAGCAGCUUGGAUUAGACUUAGUGCCCCAGAUCCUGACACAGGUUAUGUAUGGAGCGACGGAACUCCACUAAAUUUCCAACAAUGGAAGAUUGGAGAGCCAAACAAUAAAAAUAAUGUUGAGUCUUGUGUGGAAAUGAAACCAGAGCGCACAUUCAGAAGACAAUCUUGGAGCGACAUACACUGUGAGAAAUACAGCAAAUGGCUGUGCCAGAUCCAUGCAGGAAUGACCCCAAAUCCGCCUCCAGACCCCGUCACUCCAAGCUAUAAUAAAACAUCAGAUGGGUGGUUUGAAUGGAACAGGAAUCAGUAUUAUAUUAACAGAAAUCAGAUGGGCAUGGAAGAUGCUCGUCUGUACUGCCAGCAGGGGCAUAGUGACUUGGUAACUAUCAGCAGUGAAGCUGAAAGGGUCUUUCUAUGGAAACUGAUACAAGACACAGGUCAUCGUCCUUACUGGAUUGGCCUCAUUGUAGAUCUUGAUGGAACAUUUGCCUGGAUGGAUGAUUCUCCAGUCGUCUUUCAAGCGUGGAGUGAAAAUCAGCCCAACUUCCAGAACAAUGACGAGAACUGUGUGGCUAUUACUCCCUCUAGGGGGUUCUGGCAUGAUUAUAACUGUGGAUUUCAGCUUUCUUUCAUUUGUAAACGCAAUAGCUCAAUGCCCGAGCACAUUUCAGUGGUACCAACUGUUCUUCCAAAGGGUGGCUGCCCACAGGACUGGAAAAAAAUUAAUUCAAAGUGUUACAGCAUCAUUAGCAAGGAGUUAGAGACGUGGGAAGGAGCAAGAACACAAUGCAAAAACAAAGGAGGAAAUCUGGCCUCUAUUCUCUCAAAGCAUGUACAAGUGUUUUUGACUUCUAAAAUGUUGGACGCGCCUACAACAGACCUCUGGAUCGGUUUACAUUAUUUGCUUGGUUAUUCAUUUUACUGGACCGAUGGACAACCAGUGCGGUACACUAACUGGCUAUCUUUGCAGAUGACUGGGCACUGGAUGCUUUUUACGGAUGAUGAGGAUGAGAGAGAUCAUCGUGGUUAUUUCUCAAGAGAUGCCAAGAGAGGAUGUGCUGUGAUGACAACUGAUCGUACCACUGGUAUUGGGAAAUGGGACCAAAGGUCCUGCAGUGACAAAAAUGGAUAUAUAUGUCUUCGUAAUCUUGAUCCAUCUCUCCCAGACUCCCCUGAACCAACAGCUAACAAUGGCUAUGUGAAAAUACUUAAUGAUUCAAUCAAAGUUGUUACUCAGAAAAUGAACUGGGAUUCAGCCAAAAAGUACUGUGAGCGUGAUGGUGCUAACCUGGCUAGCCUGCGAAAUGAGUGGUCACAGGUCUAUGUUGAGCUGAUGGCUUUGGAAAUGGAAGGUCCUUUGUGGAUUGGACUGAACAAAAAGCAGACUGGAUAUUUCAGACCUAUUGACGGCUGGGAAAUGACCUUUUCCAACUGGGAUCGAUUUGAACCAGAAAUGAAACAAUCUUGUGUGUAUGUAAAUAAUGAAAAUGGAAAAUGGAAGACUGCUGAUUGCGCUCACAACAUGGCCAGUGUUUGUAUGAAGUCUACAGAUGUUCCACCAACAGAGUCAACAGCAUCAGUCAGUUUUCCAGGAAAUUGCCCUGAAGACCCAGCAUCAAGAACUGGUUAUACCUGGAUACCCUUCAAGGGUUAUUGUUACCUCUUUGUCAAAGGAAGUUUUGACUGGGGAGAUGCAUCUGCACUAUGUAUAAGAUAUGGUGGAACUCUAACCAGCAUUGAAAAUCCUGCUGAGCAAAGAUUCAUUUUUAACAACGUGCUAGUAUUUAAAGACAGCCAACCCUUUUUCUGGAUUGGCAUGUAUCAGACUCACAAAGGCUUGUGGAAAUGGUUGGAUAAAACAGCCAUUGAUUUCGUUAACUGGGGUCCAAAUGAGCCUGGCGGUAUUGGAACCUAUGGAGCAAUUGCAUCUCUAGAUGGGAGUUGGACAACAGGAAGGGUGUAUAAUAGCAAGGGAUUUAUUUGUAAAGCACCUAAAGUAUUACAAGCACCAACAACAAUUGCAAGUUCUUCUAUAGAGGAUCCUAAAGCCAAUGGCCACAUGGUUUUGGAGGUUUUGCUUGGCAUUACUGUGACUGCCAUAGGGAUAGUCAUCAUCAUCUUCCUGUUGAAAAAGUCUGGUAUCUGCCAGUCCAUCUCUGAAAACUUAACUACCUUUGAUAACCCGAUGUUCUUUAACAAUGAACAGGUCCAGGCUGGUGUGGUGGGUGAAAAUUAAUUGGUAUCAAAUGCAUAUGAUGAGAACUCACAACUAACUGUUUAAUGUGUAUACCUGCAUAAUCUAAUAGAGCUCUGAUUUAGAAAAUUUACUUUUAUUUAGUCAGUUAGCAGUAAGUGGCAUAUUUUCAGAUAAUCUUAUUUGAUAUUUAAUUGUGUGUUUUUUUUAAAAUAAUAAAACCUCCCAAUUAAAAGAUAACUGAUCAGUAAUUUUAAUCCAUACAUUUUUUUUUCAUCUUUUUUACAAAUAUAAAUGUUAGAAUAGCUCUACAUGGAUAGGUAUAGAUUGAUUUUUGUGUGUUAACUAAAGUUGGGAUGUGCAUUUGAUUGUAAAUAAUGCAAACACUGCCACAUACGUGUCCUACUGAUCCAUUUUGUCUUUGAAAUCUUGAUCACAUCUACGACAGACCUCUAUCACAGGAAAUGAAACAUUUUGAUUAAAGUUAUUUACAAGAAUAAAAUAUCGGUUUCACUUUUGCCAAAAGAUUCAUCGGAUUUAUUCUAGUACUUCCUUUGCUUAGUUUACAAUGUCUCAGCAUAAUGUCUGGUUACACUAGUUAGUACAGUGCAGCGAGGAAUGCCCAGACCUCUACAUUGGAGAGACCAUACAGCCACUUCACAAGCGCAUGACACAACAUAGAAAAGCCACCUCCACAGGA